CCGAGGCCCACCCAACCAGCUUGACGUCGAGCGACACCAUCACUUUUCCACUUGGCCCGAGCCUCCGAUGCGUCUCUUCACGCUCCUGAGCGCGCUAGCGACGGCCGCGCAGGCGUGCACCAUGAUCGCUGUCGGGAAGAACGCGACGAUCGACGGCUCGACGAUCGUCACGCACAACGACGACGCGGGCGGGGACGCGGCCGACUUGCGGCUCGUUGCGAUAGCCGCGGCCGACCACGCGCCGGGCUCGAUGCGCGCCGUGUACAAGAUCUUUGGCGGCUACCCGCGCAUCGUGGCGCAGGACCGCGGGCCGCAGUACGAGCCCGUGGGCGGCCAAAACGUCUCGGUGCCGCUCGGAUCGAUUCCGCAGGUGGCCCACACGUACAGCUACAUCCAGCAAGAGUACGGCAUCGUCAACGAAGUGCAGCUCGCGAUCGGCGAAAGCACGUGCAACGCCAAGAGCACAGGGUGGCCGCUCAACAUGCCCGGCGGCCACUCGAUGUUUGGCAUUGGCGAGCUCACCAACAUUGCAAUGGAGCGCUGCGACUCGGCGCGGUGCGCGAUUCAAACCAUGGGCGACCUCGCUGUCGAGCACGGCUUUUACGGCGAGUACGGCGGUACGCCCGAGGCGCCGGGGUACGACUCGGAGGCGCUGGGCAUCACCGACAAGUACGGCGAAGUGUGGAUCUUUCACAUCCUCGCGUCGCCGGCGAACGACAGCGCGGUUUGGGCGGCGCAGCGCGUGCCCGAUGCGCACAUCGCCGUCUUGGCCAACCGGUUCACGAUCGGCGCGAUCGACUUGAACAAGCCGGACGAGUUCCUCGCGUCGGCGAAUGUGUUUUCGGCGGCCGAGGCGGCGGGCUGGUACACCCCCCAGGUGCCAGGCCGCACCGAGGACUUUCAUUUCGCCAAGGUGUAUGGUGCGGCCCCACCCCCGGGGCCCCACUUUUACGCCGAUGGGCGAUCGUGGCGCAUCUACAGCACGUUUGCACCGUCCGUGGACGUGCCAAAGACAUUUGGCUUUGUUGCAGACUACCCCCACUACCCCUUCUCCGCGCCGGUCGACAGGCCACUUGCGCUUCAGGAAGUGACCACGAUCUUGCGCGACCAGUACCAAGGCACCGAGUUUGACUUGACCAAAGGCGUGGCCGCCGGGCCGUUCGGGUCGCCGCUGCGCUACUCGGGCUUCACGCGCGGCGUGCGCGGCGGGUGGGUCAACCCGAUCUCGGUCCACCGCACGCUGUACAGCUAUGCCGUGCACGUGACGUCGAUCGACGCCACUCUGUGGUUUGGCCAGAGCGCGCCGCACGGGACCGUCUUUACGCCGUUCUCGUCCCGUCAAGCGGCGCUGCCCCCGUCGUACCACGACCUCGCGGGCAAGCAGAGCGAGUUUCACCACGAAUCGGCGUGGUGGGCAUUCAACUUUGUCAACAACUGGCGCGCGCUGCGCUACGACCUCAUCUCGGAAGACGUGAGCGCCUUCACCACCAAGUUCCAGGACGAAGCGCACACGAUCCACGACCGCGCGCUGCAACACGCCACAACCCUCGAGACCGACGAGGCGCGCCGCGUGUUUCUCGAGACGGCCCACAACCGGUUUGCCCAGCGGGUCGUCGACGCGCGCUGGCGGCUUGCGUGGGCCCUUGUCGCCAAGUACAGCGAUGGCUACGUCACAACAAGCGAGGAGCUCGGUGGGAUGGCGUCGCCAGGCUACCCGGCGUGGUGGCUCAACUCGACCAACUACGUGCAGUGGACGCCGCUACCGACACCGACGAUUGCACUUGCAACGACCGCCAGCGCAAGUCUCGGCGUCGCCUCGUUGAGUCUUGUGUGCGGCGUCGCCAUCGGCGUUGUCGCGCCGUAUGUGCUCACAGCCUCGCGCCGCCGCCGCGGGUACCUCCCCGUGGCUUGAGCAUAAAGCGACUCGUACGUCUCUCGUCUCUGCGGGAUCUAUGAUAACCUUCACGUCAAUGCAAUGCUCGUAUGCGCCCUUAGCGUCGACUCCUUUGUCA